GUUAAUUAAUAAUGAUGAAAUUUAAAUUUCUUAUCGAUAACAAUGUGUGCUUGGAAAGUGAUUUCAGAUAAUCUGACUUUUCGAUAAAAUUUAUUUGUAGUGAUGUUCAGACUUCUGACUGCUUGCAAUAUUUUGAACAGAAACGACUCCUCCAAACUUUAUGAAGGAGCAGAGGACAUACUUCGCAGACGUCGGCGCCUCUUUGAGCUGCCAGUGGAAGAUUGGCCCCAUGGAGCCAAAAUUGCCGCCGCCGCCGCGCGCGCUGCCGCUGCCGCAUUUCACCCUCCCGCCCCUCGCCGGCGAGGGCCACCUCUUCGUGGCAGCGCUUCGCUCCCACAUCUCUGCCUCGCCGACCCCCACCGCCGCCUCGCUCUCCCGCUUCCUCCCGGGCCUCACCCCGCUCCGCCUCACCCACCUCCUCCUCCUCCUCGGCCCGUUGCUUGCCAAGGGGAUCCCACACGACCUCCUCGCCGCGCUCCUCCCUUUGCCUCCUCCGCCGCUCCCGCUCGCCGUCCUGCUCCACUCCCUUCCGCCGCGCCGCUGCAACGAGCUCCUCGCUUCAGUUCUCCCCUCCGUCUCGCCGCAUGCCUUCCCGGACCUCCUACACCACGUCCUCCUAACCGCCCGCCUCGCCAGCACAACACAGAGCGCCCCUGCAGUGCUAGCCCUUGACGUCCUCUUCUCCUCAUGCGCGCGGAACAAGAAGCUCUCCCGAGCCACGCUUGCCUACCGCUCCAUGCGCGCGCACGGCCUGCUACCAACCGUCGUCUCCUGCAACGUCUUCAUCUCGGCCGCACUGCGGUUGCGGCGCCCCGAGAUCGCCGUCUCUUUCUUCCGGGAGAUGCGCCGGUGCCGGAUGUCGCCCAACGUGUACACGGCCAACAUGGUGAUGCGCGCACACUGUGCCCUGGGGCGUGUCGCGGAGGCAGCCCAGGUGCUCGAUGAAAUGUCAGACUUGGGGAUUUGUAGAACGCCAACCAGUUUCAACACGCUAAUUGCCACGUACUGCAAGGACGAUGGUGGAAUGGAGCUCGCCUUUAGGCUAAAGAAGAGGAUGGAGCAGGAGGGGCUCAUGCCGAACGAGGUGACAUACAACGCGAUCUUGCAUGGAUUGUGCAAGAAGGGAAACAUGUGCCGGGCAAACCAGUUGGUGGGUGAGAUGAGGGCAAACGGGGUGGAGCCAAACACGGUUACGUUCAAUACACUGAUUCAUGGAUAUGUGAGGCUCGGCGAUAACGAGUCGGCAUCAAGGGUUCAUGAGGAGAUGGUGAAGGCUGGUGUGGGGGUAGAUAUGGUGACAUAUAAUGCACUUAUUCUUGGGCUAUGCAAUGAAGGAAAGGUGAAGAAGGCCGGGCAUUUGGUUCAGGAGCUUUGCAGGACAAAGCUUGAGCCGAAUGCGUCAACUUUCAUGUCAUUGAUUGUUGGGCAAUGGAAGAGGCAGAACUCGGAGCGAGCACUGGAUCUAUUAAAUGCAAUGAAAAAAAGUGGCUUCCAUCCGAAUUAUGAUGCAUAUAAGAUGGUUGUAUCCACUUUCUGCAAGAACAAGGAUUUUGAAGGAGCACUUGAUAUCUUGAAGGAUAUGCUUGCAAGGUGCAUGGCUCCAGAAAUGGACUUGUUGCAUGAAUUCUUUGAAGGCCUCUCUGAAGCUAAAAAACUGCACCUGGUGGAGGACCUCCGUUCAGUGGCCAACGGUGCAAGGUUUAUUCCUGAUGUCUACUAUACUGGUGAUUAUAGGAAUAAAGAUAAAGAGAAGAACGAAUGUUAACAUGCAUUCUGGACUACUAAGUCUCGUGAAUAUUGAAAAUGUGUUGGUCAAGUGGACUAAGAUGGUUCAAAGAAGUCAAGAAUUCCAAUCUUUAUAAUGGCAAAAUAGCCGAUUUUGUCCUCCAGCUUUUGCUUUUAAUGAAGGGUCAAUUUCAUCCCUAAACUAUCAAAACUACCGUUUCAAUCCCAGAACUUUUCCAUGCAGCUCAAUUUAGCCCUUUGUCCUACGUGUCUUGCCAUGUUGGCACACCAUAUCAGCAUCUAAGUGAUCCUGUUUUUUAGCAGCAACAUGUAUUGGUUCAUACACACUUCAAUAUGGCACAACAAAACUUUAGCUUCUAUCUACAUAUUUUUUUUCAUAAAAAGGAACUUUUGUGCAUGUAUAAUAAAUUUAUUCCUUAAAUUGGGAUCAACUUCCUUCUUUAAAAAAUGUACCCAUUUUAGUUUCAUCAAGGUCAAACUUUUAUAAUUGUCAAAUUUAGAAUUUUUUUAUAAACCACAGCUGACUGGAUGUUGACAAUGCGCGCCAACAUGGCAUGACAUGUAGGACAAAGGACUAAAUUGAGCCGGAUGAAUAAGUUUGAGAACUGAAAUGGUUGUUUUGAAAGUUUAGGGAUGAAGUUGAGCUUC